AUGCAUCGCUUGAAGUUCCGUCUCCUUGACUAUCAAAACCAAAACCAAAUGCUUAGGAAAGAACUACUGGUGGCAAAAAAGGUCAUAGGUAAAGAGUUGACAGGGAGCGAUGAUGUCAAUAUCAAAUCUUUCUUAAAGCUGGACACUUUUGGUGACUUCAAAGGUCGGCAAGAGAACAUACUCAUUCUGAAAGACCAAAUAACAGAAAUUCAGAACAAGAUUCAAGAAUUAGGAGAUGUACUUUCCGAUGACGAGACUGAAAAGGAACCGAAGAGAAAAGAAAAAGAUAAGAGCGGCAAAGAUAGAAACAUAACGAAGGAUAUUCUUGAACAACAAAUUCCAUGCAAAGAACUAAAGUAUCUAAUCGAAAGCUGUUGUCAGAUGAAACGAAAAAUUGAAAUUUGGAAGAAUCGAAACAAGGAACUGAGUAAAGAAGUCGAAGUGCUCCGCCUGGAGAAAGAAAGGGCACUGGAAAAGAGUAGAGAAGGUGAAGAAGCUCAAGAAUCUUACCUGGUGACGGAAAAGGAGUUGAGAGAUCGACAACACGAAAGAUUUGACCUCAGGAGGAAGCUUGAUUUGGCUUAUUCCAGAAAUCAAGUUCUCGCAGAAGAAAAUCAAUCUCUUCAAGAUGAUAUUAGGAAAAUGGAGGGCAAAAUAAGGGACGACACUACGCUUAUUGAAGCCCUGACGGACCAACAAGGACACCUGCAAGAUUUUCUGGAUCGUCAGAGAAUGAUAUUUGAUAAUGACGGUCGAAGACACAGAGAAGACUUAAGGGAAAUGCUCGUGAAACAUUCCACACACACCAGUUUACUCAAUCAGAUUGAAGAAAUGGUUGACGAAAAAUAUGAACAGUACAGGAAGUUACGGAACUCGGUUCCUCUAAUAGUGUACGCUACAGAUGGAGAAAAAGAUGAAAAAAGUACUAAGGACGAUACACCUUCAACAGCUGACCAAUCGAUGUGA